AUGGAUCACACUUUACUAAUUCAACAUAAUACUGCUAUUGCUGAAUUAAAGGAUAAUGAUGUAUUGAUAUUUAAAGUGUUUCAAGACAUGUACGAUGAUUCAAAUAAAACGAGGCGAUAUUUGUAUCAAGUCAUCAAAUAUGUUAUCAGUUUACGUCAUGAAUUUGAUUCAUUUACACAUCAUACCGUAUUAAAUGCAAUGCAUGAUCAUUACUCGAAAGUUGUGAGAUCAUUAGAACGUAUUCGUGAAUCUGAUUUAAAUAUCGAUUAUUUACCACCAGAUCAAGAGCUCCUGAUUCCGAAACUACUAGUUAUACAAGAUGUCGAAUUUUAUCCAAUAAAUGACACUGUAAUGAAGUAUGAAUUGAAUGAACAAGACUUCGUAUUUCAUGUUAAUUUAAAUUCUACUGCUAAAAUUAAAAACAAAGUUAAUCAGGUGCUGACACUGGAUAGUAUUAUCCCGAAGAAAACUGAUUUAUUCCUUAUAACACCGUUACCUUAUUUUGUACAACGAAACAAAGCUAUUAUAGCAACUGGACUGCCACAUUAUGUAGCUUUAAGUGCCGAUAAUUCAUCAUCAGAAUGGAAUGAACAUUCAGAUCGCCGAUGCACAAAAGAUACUCGUUUACUAAUUUGUUCUCUACCAACCGUUGAACAUGUUCGUGUCAAAAAUCUGUGCACUAGAAGUAUUAUGUUUGAUGAUAAUGAUAACAUAAAUAAAACCUGCUUUAAACAGGAAAUUGACACGCAGACACCGUAUAUCGCAAGACUAACAUCCAGCGUUUGGAUCGCGUUUGAUCAUAUUUGUCCUCGAAGAAAAAAACAGAACCGUGAUAAUUUACGUGUCGCUAGUCUUCCACAAAUAUUUAUACGUGCGGGAAGUAUUGGCCCCAUAUUCUCCAAUAAAUCACGACGUCAACUAUCUCCUGGUUCCGCUCGUAACCACCGACGUUCAAAUUCUGCAAAAAGAAACACACCACCUAUUAUACCAUUACUCACAUCCUUUCAUUCAAAAACAGAUUCUCAACAUGGAGAUGUCAAUGGUCGUAUGCUUCCAUGUAUGUCGUCAGGUGAUCCAACAUUCGACGACAGUUUCUUCCUGGAUGAGCAGGAUAUGCACCAAUCAUGUGCAGAAAAUAAAUGA